AAACGAAACGACGUACGCCUGGCCGGCCGCGCGCCCCGGGCCCCGCCGCAUUCCCGGAAUCGACCCUUCUCCCGCCAUUUGCCACCCGCCUUUCGCCGAGCCCGCGCUCCGAGGGCUGAGGCCCACGGCGGCCGGGAGCGGACGAGCGGCAUGGCGCGCGGCGCGGACGGCGGGGACGGGGCUCGCGUCUGGCAGCACGUGUUCCUGCUCCCAGAAUAUUUGAAGGAUGCUUCAAAGAAGAUGAAGAGUGGGCUUGUGUUUGUAAAACUGGCUAACCCAUGUUCAGGGGAAGGAACCAUUUACUUGUUCAACAUGUGUCUACCGCAGCUGUUUGAAAUAAAAGUUUUCAAGGAAAAAAACCAUUCUUGGUUUAUAAAUGAAUCAGUUCAAUCAGGAGGUCUUCUUCACUUCGCCACACCUAUGGACCCUCUGUUUCUGCUUCUCCACUACCUUAUAAAGGCUGAUAAAGAGUCUUUUCAGGGGAAGUUUCAGCCCCUGGAUCAAGUUGUGAUGGAUGACAUGUUCCCGGAUUGCAUCUUGUUGCUGAAACUUCCUGAACUUGAGAAGUUACUUCGACACGUGACAGAGGAGAAAGAAGUAGACAAGAAGAAAUAUUACAAGUACAGCAAAGAGAAGACAUUAAAAUGGCUAGAAAAAAAGGUUAAUCAGACUAUGGCAGCAUUAAAAGCCAAUAAGGUGAAUGUCAGUGCCCGGGUACAGUCUACUGCAUUUUUCUCUGGUGGCCAGGUCUCCAGUGACAAGGACGAGGAUUAUGUUCGUUAUGCCCAUGGUCUGAUAUCUGAUUACAUCCCUAAACAAUUAAGUGAUGACUUAUCUAAACACUUAAAGCUUCCAGAACCUCCAGCUUCAGUCCGAAACCCUCCCUCAAAGAAAGCAAAGUUAUCAGAUGAGCCCGUAAUGGCAAAAGAAGAUUACACUAAGUUUAACUCCAAAGAUUUCAAGACUGUAAAGGUGGCAGCACGAAGACAGAAAAGGGACAAGUGACAGCAGAUCCACGCAAGGCUCUUCUGCUUCUCCUGUGAUCUAAGACUCUCCCAAAGGGCUACAUACAACUUCUUCUGCACUUUCUGGAAAAUCACCAAAUGCCAAAAGAAGCGUUUUAAAGGACUAACCAGGAAUGCUUUAUUUCUAUGAGCAACACCACUAGUCCCUUCGAGCAGUGGCAACUCCCCGUGGAGGCGACUGUCAUGGAACUAGAAAGCACCCCAAAUGUGAACCUGCCCUGAGGAAUUCAGGCCACAUCAGUGCUCUGCUGAUCUACCCGCCAUAAAGCUGUGGAUUUCUACUGCCCAGUGCUUCAGAUUGCAACACAUCGGGGGCAGACGGCUCCUUGUGAGUUUCAGGUCAUUUCUUAUGCCCGACCCCAUUGACCUGCUCUGCUUUCCUGGGGUUAAGAGAGCACUUUUAGGUCGGCAUGUGGUGACUGUAAGUACUAGGUUCCACACCAGAAGCUUUGACAAACCAAGUUUCUAGACUUACUUAAGAAAAAAAAAGGAGGGGAUUUCCCUGGCAUUCCAGGGGUUAGAAGUUGGAGUUUUCAUUGCUGUUCCCUGGGCUCAAUCCCUGGUCAUGAAACUAGGAUCCUGCAAGCUGCUCAGUGUGGUUAAAAAAAAAAAAGCCUGACCUUUCUUUACUCCUUAUCAAUUUUGGCAGCUUCUAGUUCAUAACAAUACCUGAACAUGUGCAUUUUAUGAUCUGCUGGGGUUGUAAACUUUGCUUCAUUUUUAAAAGACUUGUCCAA